AUGUCCUACAGGCAACCUCCGCCUCAGGGCAGCUUCUUUGGCUUCUCCGACCUGGACAUGGCCGGCCAGGACAGCGGCGAUGUCAUGGCCCUCUUCAACAACACGCUGCUCAACUCGUUCGACGACCUGCCCAUGACCAACGACAGCGCCCUCGUUAGCAACAGCGCCAUCACCGACGAGUCCAUUGCUCAUGCCGAGAAUCAGUUCAACACGGCUGCCAACAACGUGCCCGGCGCCGGUCCCGUGCCGCCCGGCGCCUUAGCCCAGAUGAGCCUGUCCAACGGCAGCACCCUGACCGAGUUCACCAAGCGAAGAAACUGGCCCGCCAAGGUGGUGGAGGAGCUCAAGGAUUUUCUGCACAUUCUCGAUGCAAAUGGCCGCAUCAAGUAUGCAUCCCCUAGCGUCCUCAGCGUCGCCGGCUAUACUGGCGAGGAGAUUCUCGAUGUCUUCCUCAAGGACCUCAUCCACACCGACGACCGCGGUGUCUUCGUCUCGGAGCUCAACGAGUCCAUAGCGUCGGGAAACCCGCUGCGCAUGUUUUACCGCUUCAAGAAAAAGGACGGGUCAUACGCCAUGUUCGAGGCCGUUGGUCACGCCCAUAUUGCCGCCGCCAAGUUUGCGCCGAAUCCAAACAACCAGUCACCCUUUUGCCAGGCUGUCUUCAUGAUGGCCCGGCCGUACCCGACGCGCAACGCCGGCCUGCUGGACUCGUUCCUGGAGCACAAGAUGGAAAACGAGCGGUUACGGCGGCGCAUCGCAGAGCUGCGGAGGGAGGAGGAGGCCGACGCCGACGAGGCUCAGAGGCAGUGGAUGCAGAGCCAGGAGGGUCGGUCUGACGUGACCCCCUCGGAAAUCACGGUCACAUCGUCAUCGACACCGCUCUUCCGCGGCGUGGGCGCUAGCCAACCCGAUCGCAGCGCCGUCGACAUUGCGCUAACAAGGGAGAAUCUGGAAGGAGCCGUGGCCGGUAGCCGGCCGGACUCGCUACGAGACAAGAUGGCCCGCUAUGAGGGGGCGUCACACGCAGACACGAUUGAGAUGCUGACGGGCCUGCGAUACCAGGAGGGAGAGCGCAGCCGGGGCAUCACGACGGGCAACGCAAGCCCGACGCUCAUCAGGGGUGAUGCGGGCAUUGCGAUACCGAUGGACCGAGACUCGCGACCGGGAGAGAAGAAGAAGAAGCUCAAGACUACGGAGGAAUACGUGUGCACAGACUGCGGCACUUUGGACUCUCCCGAAUGGAGAAAGGGGCCGAGCGGCCCCAAGACGCUCUGCAACGCGUGCGGGCUGCGGUGGGCUAAGAAGGAGAAGAAGAGAAACAGUGCCAACAGCGGACCGCAGCAGGCGCCCAUGAUGGAUCGCGGCAUGGGCUAG